AAUACAGAAGUGCUCAUGCCCUUGAGAGGAAGUUCUCCGGCGCCAACCUAGUUGGGCAUCGGAUGUAGUUGAGACGAAUAAAAGUUGGUUGACACUCGUAUCAGGAUGACCGUGUCUUAUAGCAGCGAAGUGUUCACGUGCAAAGCGACCGGGAUCUUUCUGCGGUUAUUGUUCCGGUGGCGGGGGUCCAUUUACAAAUUGGUUUGGUGUGACCUGCUCGUGUACAUGACCCUAUAUUCUGCCCUCAGUCUCACAUACAGAUUCUUCUUGGACGAUGAAGGUAAAGAGAAAAUAGCUUCAAAUUUCAAGAGACACUUGAUCAUUAUGGAGAAACUGGAUGACUCGGUGAAACAGCCCAAGUAUUGGAUUCCCAUUAUUUGGGCCGGCUCGAUCGUGACUCGGGCUCGCAAAGAAAACCGGAUCAAAGACGACUUUUCUCUCAAAGCCGUGAUUGAAGAGUUGGACAAAUACCGAAGCAAAGCUUCCACGCUCCUGGAUUACGAUUGGAUUACGGUCCCUCUUGUUUACACUCAGGUUGUCACCCUAGCCGUGUACUCGUUUCUUCUCUCGACUCUCAUGGGAAGGCAGUUCCUGGAUCCUACCAAGAAAUACACUGGUCACGAAGUGGAUCUCGUUGUGCCCGUGUUCACCUUUCUUCAAUUCUUCUUCUACAUGGGGUGGCUGAAGGUUGCCGAGGCUUUGAUCAAUCCCUUUGGCGAGGACGACGACGAUUUUGACAUGAAUUGGUUGAUUGACCGCAAUCUCCAAGUGUCUUACCUCAUUGUGGACGAGAUGCACAACGAGCACCCACCUAUGGUUCGGGACCAAUUUUGGGAUGACUACUUCCCUGAAUUGCCGUACACGGCAGCUGCUGAAGAGACUCGUAUUGAGCCCGACAUUGGUGCAGCCACCCAAAUCGAGAUAACCGAACAGGAGGCCGAGUUUUUGCCGCUGAUUGAAGAGGGCCUGGCAAGUGUUACUGGUAGUCGCAUGGCGAGUCGACGGCCGAGCCGGAAUGGCAACUUGCCAAGUUCCAAUCUCAGUCUCAAGGACGUGGAAGACGGGAUCAAACCCGACGAGGAGAGCUCCAACCUCAUGGUCAACUUCAUCCAGAGCCUCACCAGCAGUUUAGUGGGACCCUCGGUGGGGUCACCAUUAACCAAAUUUGUUAACCAUCGCCGCCACCGGUCAUUCAACCGAAGGAUUCGUCGAGGCCAGAAAUCCUCAGCCAGAACCAAUCGCUCAUUUCUGACCACGCCAGAUUGUGGCACUAUCGAUCGAGAAGGUGUGUCUCCGGGGCUUGAUGACUUGGCCAGCACAUUAAGCUUUGAUUCUCGGAUUUAUCCACCCUCGGAAGAGGACUGCGUUUCCAGAGCCGACGAUGCUCAAUCCUUGGCUUCCAGGGAGAGCAGAACGACGUUUAGAACUGGAGACAAGAAAACAUUACCUCCGGAACAACUUCAGGCCAGGAUGGUCUCGGUGCUGGAGUCUAUCAAAGAGUAUCUCGAAAUGGAGAAGGCCAACCGAUCUCAAGAGGGAUCUGUGGCUGGGAGCAACAGCUUGGAUACGCUCUAUGAGGAGGAUGGCAGUCGGACCAAUCACAAUAAUGAUAGUCCCAUGGCGUCUUUAGAGGAUGUUAAAAUGGAAAACGAAGGAACUGUGGAUGUUAAUCAGAAUUAAAGGUAUUCUUAAUUAUCCAUUGAAA